CUCGGCCAAGAGGUUGGCGCGCACACAAAGGAACACAGUCGAAGAUAAGAGGGAAAUCGAGAGCGAUGAUAAUGGCGGUAGAGAAAACCCUAACUCUUUCGUCGUCAUUUUUAUCAAAGAACUGCAUCUUCUCCUUCUCUAGAAACAAGUCACGAGUCGCUUCCUUCUCCCAUUUUCCCUCGCAUCUGAACGCUGCUAAACACAGCCGUUUCGCUACUCGUUUCCUAAAAUGCUUGGCUAUGGAAAACUACAGCAUUUACUCUGUGUCCUACCCCAAACCUUCCGAAAUUCCAUGGAAGAAGGAGCUCAGUAACUCGGUCAGUCUCAUCGGGACAGUUGGUACGCCCGUGGAGCUCAAGCACCUACCAUCGGGCAAAGAUGUCGCGCGGACGCGACUUGCUGUGUGGAAGUCAUCUACUGAAACAUCUUGGAUAAAUUUAGCAUUCUGGGAUGAAUUGGCACAUGUUGCUUCUCAACACAUUCAGAAAGGCAACCAGAUAUAUGUAUCUGGCCGGAUGGUCGCAGAUGUAGUUGAAGCUGAUGAUGGAAAACAGCAAACUUACCAUAAGGUAGUAGUUCAGCAACUGAAUUUUAUAGAAAGAAGCAACUCAGCAGCCCCUCAUUGUGAUCAAGACUCUAAUUCUGCAAUGGAAGGGAGAAAGCUCGGCAGUGGUGCUGUUGAUAAUAUGGGGGGGUCCACACAAGAACUAUGGCAAGCAUUCUUUGCCAAUCCCGUUAACUGGUGGGACAAUAGGAAAAACAAGAAGAACCCAAAAUAUCCAGAUUUUAAACACAAGGACACUGGGGAAGCCUUGUGGGUUGAGGGCAGGAAUAAUCCACCUUGGGUGAAGUCCCAGCUUGCACUAUUGGACAUGAGAAUGGGUUCUCUUGAUGAUCAGGAAGCCAAAAUGGCUAACUUUGUAAACAAUUUUUGAUUUCCCAUCUUAAUGAACCGACUCUGGAUUCCUUUAAAUUGUUUCCAACAGGGUAUUAACCAAAUAUAUAUGGAAAGAUUCUCGUGGUUCCUGGCUUGUAUGGUUUGUAAAUUGAUGUGCUACAUGUUAGAUUGAUAGUAAUUCAAAUUUUUCUUAUGGGUCGGUACCUUU